AUGGCUCGAGUGCGGAAGUUCUUGCGCUACGUCUUCGACUACCUUAAGAUCCGCACCUUUCUGGAUGUGCCUUGCGGGGAUAUGACGUGGAUGCCAGAGGUGGACUUGACUGGCGUCCAGUAUUUUGGUGGCGACCUGUCGUCUGCGCUGGUGACGAGUCAUCUGCAGCGAUUUGCCGGAGAUGGACGUUUCGCCAACAAGUUCGCUCGGUUUGACAUCACCUGUAUGAUACCACCACGGGUUGACCUGAUCCAUGCCCGAGAUGUCUUCAUGCACAUCGAUACCGACUUGUCGCUUCGGGCUAUACGAAAUUUCCAAAGGAGUGGAUCCAAAUACCUCGUGGUUCCACAUUGGCCCUUUUCCGAUGGUUCAUCAAACGAAUAUCACCCUGCUGACUUCGAGCUGGCUUAUCAUAACGUGCACGACCUGAACCCAAAGGCAUCCCAAGUUAUAGGAUAUCACAAUUACAACCUCGAGCUGCCUCCCUAUUGCUUCCCGGCGCCGCUAUACUGGAUUCGCAAUUCCGCCAUCGCUGAGCGGAAUGGAUGGCUGGGGGUUUGGGCUUUGCCGGCGCUGGGACGCGGGCAGCACUCAAAGUGCCUCGCCCGUACUGCGUGGUUCGACACCAUUUGCGACAGCCGCUUCAACUGUUUCGACACCCAAGAGGAGCGGCGCGACUGCUUGGCCGGAAAUUCCAGAUCGGGAUCCCCAUGUUGUACUGCGCUACACCUCACUCAGAGGCUACAUAGCCUGGACACGGGCGGGAUGUGGUUCGUAGAGCCGCAGCAGGCGCAAUCUCUAUGCUCGGAUUUCGUGCGCCUGCCUAUGGGGUCGCUUCUGCUGGAGGAGCAGAUGACAGUAUGCUCGCGGGCUGUGCUGGCCUUGGCUGAGUUUGCCUACGAGACACAUACUGGUAAUGCAACGCAUGAAAGAAGAAAUGAAUCUUGCUCCACAGUAUCCGUGCAUGCCCGCUACCCUCUUCUAGCAGAGGAGGAUAAGGUCCUCUCCGAGCAACUCCAGAAGCAACGCUUGCAGUGGUGGGACAGGGCCUACCGCAUUCACACGCACCUGGGUUCUGGCUGGUCAUACCAGCUCAACGGCAGGAAGUUGUUGAUGUCCCUGGCAAAUCACACUGCAGCUUGCGACGAACUGGAGCAAGGAUGUGCCUUGUUCAACCCAUGGGAGCCACAGCGAUGCUUUCCUCAUCAUCCCUUGAUCAGAGCAUGGUCCCCGUCCUGCAGAAAGAGGCCUCAAAUCCCCAGUAGGCCUCUCCGAGCCUCUCCGGGUCCGGUAAGAGACUGGCUCGGCCUCCGACAAGACUGCGGUCACAGCGAAAGUGAGGAAAGUAGCCCUGUCCCACAAAUCCGACCCCACAUGUCAGUGACGCGGGCCCUGGAGUGUGCAGGGCUGCCAUGGGGUCCUGUGGCGGGAGAGGACUACUUCGAGACCAUCUCCUUCCUUUCCGCCGUGGAAGAUGCACCAGCCGACACCUUCAACGUCAUCGAAGUCGCCGGCAGUCUAUUCUGGGCCUUGAAAGCGGCGAAAGCCUUCAAACGACGCUCCAGUGGAGGCGCUUGCAAGCUGAUCUUCUUUCCUACGCUGCCGGCGACGUCCCGGGAGCUUCAUCACGACGGCAGACGAAAACUUUGCAACACGACGGUCUACCGAUCACGGAGCAACUCCGGUUUGCUGGAUUCCACGUUGGCUGCCGGGCACGUUGACUUCCUGCACGCCGAUAUCUUCGAGGAAGAACAGAGGCAGCUGAUACUUGGGAGCAGUUUCUUGCAGAAUGUCCGGCACGUUUUCCUGAAAACCCACGGCCACCUCCACAAAAUUCUCCGGGCCGGGCUCGUCGAGCGAAACUUUGCGAUCAGCUUCGAUUUC